GACAGUAACACUGAUAUGUAGCACCAGCUGUCCUCUGACUGAAAACCCUGCAGUCUACAUCUGGUACAAGAACAGAGAGUUCCUCUAUCAGGACUGGUCUCCCUGGUACCAACAGCUGGUCAGCAGUGAGGAAGCAGUCACAUACUCCUGUGCUAUCAAAGGCUACGAGGACCUCAGAGCCCCUCAAGUCUCAGUGGAUUCUGUCUCAUCGACCUGCUUUAAAGUGACCUAUGCUAAAGGGAGGAUGUGUUCUUCUCAGCAGACAUCAGAGGAUGAGCCCUGCUCCAUCACAUAUCCAACAGAAGUACAUGUUCAAAUGAGUCCUGCAGCAAAACCAGACCAUGUCAGGCUGACCUGUAACUCCAGCUGUCCUCCAACUGCCUUUAUAUUGUAUAAGAACAGAUAUUUAGUGAGAAAGAAAGAGGUUAUAGUUCCCACCAAUGCUACUGAACGUUUCUACUGUGCUGUAAAAGGCCGUGAGGAUCUGCGCUCAGCUGAAGUCUGUGUUGAUAACAGCGACUGCUGGAGUGUGAAUUAUGUCAGCAGGAGAAUCUGUGCUCUGGAAGGUUCUUCAGUGAACAUUUCUAGUGAAUAUCCUGAGAACCAGCAGCCAAAAUAUAAAUUAUGGUAUAAAAUAAAGAGAAGGGGGAAAGAAAGAGUUGUAGAGCCAAUGAAGGCUGCAGGUCGUGUGACGUAUCAUGACAACAUGAAGAAUCACCACAUCCUGAGAAUCAAUAACCUGAAGAAGGAUGACUCAGCAGAAUACACAUUCACACUGCAGAGAGAUGAUGAAGGAUGGAAACCUGGAGUGACUUUAGUUGUCACAGGUGUGAAAGUUCAGUUUAGUCCUUCUGCAGUGGUGACAGAGGACCAGAGAGUCACACUGACCUGCAGUACCAGCUGUCCUCUGACUGACAACACAAACUACAUCUGGUUCUUCAACAGUCGACCUCUGACCCUGACAGAGAACCAAAACAAACACCUGGUUCUAGACCCAGUCAGCAGUCAGCAUGCAGGAAAAUACUCCUGUGCUGUCAGAACCCACAACAACAGCAGCUCUCAUGAAGAGACUCUCACUGUCCAGAGUAUGAGGGGGAAAUGGACACCAGCAGCAGCUGCAGGAGUCUGUGCUGCUCUCCUGGUUAUAAUACCCCUCUCUGUCUUCUGCUGGAUCAGAAGAAAGAGGACUUCCAGUCAAUCUCCAAGAGCUGAAACAUCACACAACAUGGAGCAGAUAAACCUCGGUUCCAUGUAUGAAAACAUAUCAGCUCGAUCAGCAGAGCAGGAUGACCAUCACUAUGGCAGACUCCACUUCUCUGAGGACCACACAGAUGAUCUCUACUCCACCCUAGAGCCUUCUCGCUAAACAAAACUUUGUUACCAUGGUAUUUUGUAAAGGACCCUCCCCUGAAGGUUUAAGUGACUAGAAUAACUAAAGUAACAUAGCAGGGACAGGCAAGUGUAAAGCAAAGUGCAAACAUAAGGGCAAGCUCAUAUUUCUUUCUGCUGAACGCAAUGAGAAACUUUUCUGUCUGAUAUACCAGACUUCACUGUAACAAUGCAGCAGCUUUUCAGUUCACUUCAUGCUAAUGUGGACCGCAGGUUUCCCAAAAGUACUGAGCUUCACAAACACAAUCAUGCCAACAAACCUGAGCUCUUUAAGACACAUCUUCAAAUAGGAGGUGUGAUGCACUUUGCCUGUGUGUAGGAUGCAAGUGGACGAGCAGCUGAAGAGCUAAGAGCGAGUAGACUGCAGCAUGCAACACUGUGUGAAAACUCCCAACAAUGAUUUGAGAACAGAUUCCAUGUUUUACAAGCAAAGACGCCACAGAUCAGAUCAGUUGAAAGCCCCAUUAGUGGCAGGUGAAUCAGCGUCUCAACUAGGGACAAAGAGAGGAGAAGCACAGAGACUAAACUCUGGUGCUUUUUUGACAACAGCCACUAGAUGGAGCUGCCACCAUUUUGGACUGAAAACUCCAAUGAGUCUGUGUCCAUGGAUGUAUAAAGAGACGUC